GUUUGUUUUGGUCGAAAAAAAUUUUCAAUAAAAUUGGAAAUAUUUUUCGUCAGUCUGUUCGGUCGUAGGCAAUUGAUAAAAAGUGUGAAGGCUAAAAUUAUCAUAAAACAAUUGUUUAGAAUUAAAUGUGACUCAGGCUGUUACAAUUUGAUGAAGGAUUAAACCUGAAUUUUGUAAUUGUGCAAGAUUUGAAAAAAGAGGAAAAAGUUUCGUGUUAUUUUUUUAGUGAAAAGGAAAAAAGAGAAAUUCAUUUUCUAUUUAUAUUCUUCUGCGUUUGGAUGAACGACAACAUUUCAAAGUCAUUUAAUUAUUUUGCUGGAUGGAUGAAACUAAAACAGAUAUACUGAGUCCAUCGACACAGCUCACGCUUCCAAAUUACAACAACAAAAAGAAUGAAGAAACACGUCUUAUUAGCACUUCAAUAGUCUCAGAUUUUAAAGCUCAGAUUCCUUCUGAUUCAUCUUCAUCUUCAGUUGAGAACAAACAUGUUAAUUCUUCCAGUCUAACAACCCCAAGAAAAUCAAGUCCAAUAAACGAAUUCCUUAAACCUCAUAGUAUUCUUUCACAAACGAAUUCUUCAGAGAGUGAUGACGAUGAUGAAAAUUCAAAGAAAGAUGAAAUUAAUUUAUAUCCUUUGUCAAAUCAAGUUGGAGGUCAUACGCGUCUCUUGUUGUUAAAUGACAAAACUGUCAUAAAACCUCUAAAUUUUCGUGAAUUGGAAUUUUACCAAAACAUUCCAGAUAACGACAUUCAAGAUUAUGUUCCAAAAUAUAAAGGUGUUAUGCAAGCAACAACAGGUGAAACAUGGGAAAAGCGAUACAGCCCAAACUUUCGGGAAAGCGAAUCACUGAAGCGUCAAACUUCAUCGAAAAGAAAACGAGAUGAUGUUUUGCGAAUGAGGAUUCAUAAAAAUGGAAAUGCAGCGGAAGUUCUUCGAAGUAUUUCAUCUUCUGACAACUCAAAUAAGCAAUAUUUCUUGAUGCUAGAAAAUAUCACGUCAAAAUUUCAUCAACCUUGCAUACUUGAUCUCAAAAUGGGCACCCGACAACACGGUGACGACGCAUCAGCAGAAAAGCGAACAAAACAAAUAGCAAAGUGUGCUGCAAGUACAUCAGCUAGACUUGGCAUGAGACUUUGUGGGCUUCAAAAGUUUAAUGUUUGUAAUGAUGAAUUCAUUAAACGUGAUAAGUAUUGGGGCCGAAAAUUAACAGAAAUCGACUUCAAAGACGCUCUCUACGAGUUCUUCCACAACGGCAUACGGUUACGAACGAAAGUCAUUGAGAAAGUACUUGCACGCCUUGAACAUUUGCAUAGUGUGAUAAAAAUGCUUUCAAGUUAUCGUUUUUAUUCAUGGUUUCUUAGUUCUUUGCUUCUGGUUUAUGAAGGUAAAGACAGUGAAUUAGUACAACAGGAAAAUUUGAAUUCCCAUAACUACGACGCUGACAUAUCGAGCUGCUCAACAGAUCUGAACACAUCGCAUGAAGAGACAACUCUUCGAUUAAAUUCUGCUAAAGAUGACACAAAUGAAAUUAACGACUCCGAAAAUCUUAAUAGCACCGAUAAGAAUUACUUAGAAUUGCCAAACGGAAAUGCACUUUCACCACGUUCAAUGGAUUCAUGGCUUAAUUAUAGUAACAGUAGUGACGAAUUUACGUCUCAGGAAAUUAAUGAGUCUAAAGAUAAAAAUAUUAUUGUACAUGAUGAAGACGCAAAUCAAUGCAUAACUGAUGAUGAUUCUUAUGAUAAAACCAAUUCGAAAUCAAAUCCGACAACAUCGUUAAUCACUCCUAGAAGUAAGAAAUCAAAUAAUGAAAGAGGGGCAGACAACAAUUCUGAUAUUUGCAGAGUUAAACUGAAAAAUGACGAAGAAGAUGAUGAUGCUGACGAUGAACAAUUGUCAUCAUUGAGUAACACGAUUGACACGAUUAUUGUAAGUGAUACAAGUGGAACGAAGUUCUUUAAAACGACGAGUGAUCAAGAAGAACAUUCAAGUCCCAAAAGAAAAAGAUCAAUUAAAGGUGACAAUAAGGAUUUAAUUAAAAUGCAACAGAAAAUGUCACAAACAAAAUCGUCGCCACUCGUUGAUGUAAGAAUCAUUGAUUUUGCACACACGACGUUUACAUCGAAGGAUUUGAUUAAAAUUUCACAAAUUGAAGACAGUAAAACAGUUCAUCACGGUCCUGAUGCUGGAUUUCUUACUGGCAUUGAGAAUCUUAAGCGAAUUCUUUUAGAGAUUAUGAACGACGCAUGUUGA